AGCCGCCGAGGCCUUCGGGACGGGCGGGGCGGGCCGCAUGGAGAGACGCGGGCGAGGCGCGAAGCCGUCCCCGGGCCCGGCGCCUCAGCCGCCGCCGCCGCCGCCUCGGAAGGACAGGAAGCCCAGCAUGUUCGAGCGGGAGGCCUAUACACAGAUUUUAAAGGAGAGACUGAGAGACUCGAUGCAUGAUGUUCAGUACGUGGAGCCUCCAUUCGAUGAUUCAACCGCUGACUUGGGUAAAGAGUGGAAGAGUGCCCUGGCCAAACUAAAGUUCGCUAAUUCAUACAGAAUGGAGCCGCUGAAAAAAUUCCAAGCUCAUUCAGUAGAAACUAAAGUCCAGCAGAUACUAACAGAAAAUCUUAAAGAUGUCAAAUACGAUGAUCAAGUGUUCUGUCGCUUGUCACUUGACUUAGCAGACCGCAUCUUGUCAGCAGUGAAAGAAUUUGGGUACCACCGUUACAAGUUCAUUAUAAAAGUAUUAUUUAUCCAGAAGACUGGUCAGGCAAUACAUAUUGCCAGCAGGUGGAUCUGGGACGUUGCCUGGGACAGCUGGGUUGCGGCGAAACAUGAAACGGAAACGUACGUCGCCUUGGCCCUGGUGUUUGCUCUCUUCUGCGAAUAGCUUGUCACAGGCCCGGGAGCGCAGGCUUCUCCGCUUCCGAGAUUCGUGGCUUUAAAGAUUGGCACUUCGUGGGAUCAGCUGUGCUUUCGCUUGCAGCUGCAGCUUCGCUGUAUUCUUCCAACAGCAAACAAGUAAAAGCCAAGUCUUUACCUUCAUACUUAAUAGUUCUCACAUUUAUUAACAUUCUGUUGCCCCGAAGCAUAAAGGUAGGAGCAGCGCCCGCAGCGAUAGAGACGGAUGCGCAGGUGCUCGCAGAGGUGCCGUGUGCUAACACGGGGAUUACUUCUCGUUCUUUUUAGAGUUAAGACAAUUAGAAUUUGUCAAGUAAAUGUUAAAAUAGAUUUUGGAAAACUUCUAAAGGCAGUUAUAUUUUAAAUGACAUUUUAAUAUGUUGUAGGCAUUCUUUCGAAAGGAAUUAGCAAGUUUGGAUUAAAGACAAUGUACUUAACACA